ACUUUCUUUUUCAGAUCGCGCUGCCGCCGGCAGAUUGCAGACACCACGGCUCAACCUGAGUCUUCAGGUAGACCCACGACUCUUCCUUUUUUUUUCCAUUUCCCAUCUGAAAGAUACAGUCUUUGACCUCCCCAUCUGAGAAUCCAGCUCCUGUUUGAAGAUAAUUCUGCAUCCAGUAUACAUAACAAUGGCGUUCUUGAGAGCUCGGGCGGUUUCCACAACGAUCUUCAACAAGCUGGUCUCCAGCAUCAACUCCAAUGGGUUCAGCUCGGCCUCUAGCGGUCCAUCUUCAGAGCUAUCAUCCAUUAUGUCGAACAAUCCAAUGUUCACGAUGGACAUCAGUUCGCAAAUCGGUAGUUGCAUGCCGAUAAAGAUGAUGCGAAUUGGAACCAUGAUUCACAACGUUGAAAUGAAGCCAGGGCAGGGUGGAAAGCUGGUGCGUUCUGCUGGUACAUCAGCAAAGAUCCUGAAGGAGCCUGCUUUGCACAGAUAUUGCCCGAUAAAGCUGCCUUCUGGUCGAGAGAAGCUGAUAGAUACUCGUUGCAGGGCGACAAUAGGGACUGUUGGGAAUCCGGAGCAUUGGAAGAAGAAGCUGAGAAAGGCGGGGCAAAGUAGGUGGCUUGGUCGUAGGCCUACGGUUCGUGGUGUGGCGAUGAACCCGGUUGAUCAUCCUCAUGGAGGUGGUGAAGGGAAGAGUAAGAGUAGUGGGAGAUUUGGUCAGUGUUCUCAAACCCCAUGGGGUAAGCCUACUAAGAGUGGUUACAAGACAGGACCUCUUAAGAGAAGAAAGUAAUAAACACCAAUCCUUGAUUUCAUGUAAGGAAGAAGUAACACUCUUUAUUACUAAUAAUUGUUGCAUUGCAUUGCAUUGAAUCUUACUUACCUAUGCAUAUGAUCAACAAGUAGGGUUUUGGAAGAGUGGGGCAGAGAUUGAUGAAGACAUGGAUGGAUUAUGAAAAUUUGUUUAACAAAAGAAAUCUGGUAAAUUGUCAAAUUUGAUAUCUUCUGUUUAUAGAAGAUUGCUACAUCUUUCAUUUUUCCUCUAAUUACUUGGGAAAUUAUUCAACCUUGAUAUGGAUUUGGUUAGCUUUUUGAAUGAUUUGAUUAUGAAAUUUGAAUUGCAAGA